ACAAAUCUUCUUGUCGCCCCAUCCACUCGUUUGAAGCAGCAAAGCAAAGCGAGCUUCCCGCAUGCUGCUGAGAUCUCUUUUUGGCAAAAAUGCCGAUCUUCUGCACUACUAAUUCUUUUGGAACUUCGCCAAUCCGAACGCGGCCUCGGUUCAGAUCCUCCAUUUUCCUACCGCAUCCAAAGCCCCCCUACUCGGCCGCCACCCCCACCAGAGCAGCAGCGACACCGCCCACCUCGCCGCCCAUGGCCACGGCGGCGAGCGGCCCGCAGCUCCUGGAGCCGGGCCAGCGCCGCCGCCGCCCCAUGUGCGCCGUCUGCACGAAGCCCCUGCGCGUCUGCCUCUGCGGCCGCCUCCGCGGGCCCCCGCUGGACACCGCCGUGGGCGUCACCGUGCUGCAGCACCCCACGGAGGCCCGGCACCCGCUCAGCUCCGUCCGCGUCGCCCGCCUCGGCCUCCGCAACCUCGCCGUCACCCAGGUCGCCGACGUCGCCCACCGCGCCAGCUUCCUCCUCACGACGAAUCUUGGACUUGGCGGCGGAGAAACUGAAAAUGCCGAAGCCGGUGCCGCCAUUGGAGAAGCUUGGACGGUGGAAACCAUGGACAAGUGCUCCAUCGCUUACACGGAGAAACAGCUCCGGAUCGACAUCGAGCGCGGCGUCGGCGCGAACCCCAAGAUCAGAUGGCCGUCAAGAAGUUCUCCUCUUGCCAAACUCGCCGUCUCCAACGGCUUCACCGUGACGAAGACACAGAAGAACAAGCCCGCACGUAGCACAGGCGAAGAAGCCUCGCCGUCGCCGGAGCUCCAACAUGAGUUCACCAUCGCCAUACCGCCGCACUCGGCCCUGCUGUUCCCAUGCCAGCGCGCGACCACCAUCGACGCAGCUUCAGACUGUCAGGUACUGGUGAAACAUCUGAUCGUGCUGGAUGGCACCUGGGCGAAGGCACACCGGAUGUACCACGAGAACCCAUGGCUGCAGCUCGUGCCGCACGUGAAGGUGGAAGCAGAUAGGGUCAGCCUGUACGGCGAGGUGAGGCAUGAGCCCAAGGCCGGGUGCAUGUCGACCAUCGAGAGCAUCGUCGUCGCCAUGAAGGAGCUCGGGGAGGACGAGACGGGGUUGGAUCGUGUCCUGGCCGUCUUCGAGUCGAUGAUCGCCGAGCAGCGGCGCUGCAAGGAUGAGAACUGGAAACCAAAGCUCAAGUCAUAGUAGUAAUUUCUCUG